AUGGCGAGAAUGCCUGGCAGCGGCGGCGACUGGAACACCGGCAGCGGCGGCGGGGAGAACAAUGGGGGGGACCGGCCGCCGGGCCGCGGCGGCACCCACCGCCCCCACCACUACUGCAGCGCGGGGGAGGACGAGGACGGGGAGGACGACGAUGAGAUCCAGGAGGUGCAGAUAACGGGGGACGAGGAGGACGGCGCCGAUGGGGGGCUCCUGCUACUGGACGAGGAAGAGGAGGAGGAGGAGGAAAUGGGGCUGGAGUGGGACGGCGAGGAGGAGCCGCUGGAGCCUGAGCCGGUCCUUAUGAUCAGUAUGGACCGGGGCAGCGGCGGGCUGGACUCCUCUUGCGGCGGCGGUGGCGGCCGCCUUGGAGGCGGCUGUGGCGGCGGCAUCGGGGCAGCAGCAGUUGGGGGCGCCCCAGUCCCCGCUAGCGCCCGGGGCGCGGAGGACUCGGACCCGGAGACCGACCUGCUGCUGCAGCGCCCCGAGCGGGCCCGGCUGAGCGAGAACACCCGGCUGGCCACCCGCUACGCGGUGCGCAUCUUCCGGGAGUACCUGAGCGAGAAGUCCCAGAGCCCGGACUUCGAGACCAUGGACAAGGGGGCGCUGUGCCGGGUGCUGCGCUCCUUCUACGCCGAGGCCCGCUCCAAGAGCGGCCAGCUCUACUCCAAAUCCUCGCUCAUCAGCAUCCGCAGCUCCCUCAACCGCUACCUCAACGAGCCGCCCUACUGCCGCACCCUGGACCUGACCAAGGACCCGGAGCUGCGCGCCGCCAACCUGACGCUGGCGGCGGUGAUCCGCAAGCUGGAGGAGCAGGGCGCGGGGCCGGUGGUGCAGAAACAAGCCAUCACGCGGGCGGACCUUCGCAAGCUGUACACCUGCAGCGUGUUCAGCACGCAGAGCCCCUUCGGGCUGCUCAACAAGGUCUGGUUCGAGACCUGCAUGUACUUUUGCACGCGGGGCCGCGAGAACCAGCGCGAGCUGGAGGAGGACUCCUUCGGGCUGGCCAUGGACGAGGACGGCCGCAAGUUCGUCUACUUCAAGUCCCUGGGGCCCUACCACAAGUCGCGCUCCUCCUCUUGGAGCAAGAAGCGGGCGGAGAGCAGCGACGAGGAGAACCUGCCCCGCAUGUACGAGACGGGCACCGAGUUUUGCCCCUACUCCAGCUUCGUCAAGUACCUGGCCAAGCGCAACCCGCUCUGCAAGGCCUUCUUCCAGCGGCCGCGGGACCACUGCAGCGAGGGCGAUGUCACCUGGUACGAGAACAAGGCCAUCGGCAAGAACCUGCUGGGCACCCGCAUGCAGAUGCUCUCCAAGGCGGCCAAGCUCUCCAAGACCUACACCAACCACUGCAUCGGCGCCGUCUCCAUCGCCACCCUCAACAGCAUCGCCGGCAUCGGCACCAAGCUGGGCGGGCACCACCCGCACCCCGCCGGGGCGGCAGGGGGCUGCUACACCGCCGCCCAGGCCAUCCUCAACGGCGGGCACCGGCACCGGCCCCCGCCCGCCCCAGCCAACACCUACAUCCUCCCCAAAGACAGCGACGUCCCCCACGUGAAGGCAGAAGCGGCCGCUGUGACCCCGGCCAAGCGCUCCCUCUACGAGGCGGUGUACACUGGGGCGGCUGCGGCCGGGGGGGAUGCUUGCGGCCCCUCCUCGUCCCCCAAAAGACUCUGCCUCCGUCCCGCCGAGCCCCUGGACGCUGCUACUGCCGCUGCCUCCGUGGUGGUGGUGUCAGUGAAACACGAUCCCCUGCCUCUCCUCCUCCCCGAAGCCAAUGGGCACAGAAGCACCAACUCACCCACAGUAGUUUCACCUGCUAUUGUUUCCCCCACACAGGACAGUCGGCCAAAUAUGUCAAGACCUCUGAUCACUAGAUCCCCUGCAUCACCGUUGAACAAUCAAGGCAUCCCCACUCCAGCACAGCUCACAAAAUCCAACGCACCAGUUCAUAUUGAUGUGGGUGGGCACAUGUACACCAGCAGCUUGGCCACGCUUACUAAAUACCCUGACUCCAGAAUUGGAAGGCUUUUUGAUGGCACGGAGCCCAUUGUUUUGGACAGUCUCAAGCAGCACUAUUUCAUUGACAGAGAUGGGCAAAUGUUCAGAUAUAUCUUGAAUUUUCUACGAACAUCAAAACUCCUAAUUCCUGAUGAUUUCAAGGACUACAGUUUGCUAUAUGAAGAGGCAAAGUAUUUUCAGCUUCAGCCCAUGCUAGGUGAAAUGGAAAGGUGGAAACAGGAUCGGGAGACUAGCCGUUUUUCAAGGUCCUGCGAGUGCUUGGUGGUGCGUGUUGCCCCAGAUCUUGGAGAGAGGAUUACACUGAGUGGCGAUAAAUCUUUGAUAGAAGAAGUUUUUCCAGAAAUUGGCGACGUGAUGUGUAAUUCCGUCAAUGCUGGCUGGAAUCACGACUCCACCCAUGUCAUCAGGUUUCCAUUGAAUGGAUACUGUCACCUCAACUCAGUUCAGGUACUUGAGAGGUUGCAGCAAAGAGGAUUUGAGAUUGUUGGCUCAUGUGGAGGAGGGGUGGACUCUUCCCAAUUCAGUGAAUACGUACUGAGGCGAGAACUCAGAAGGACAUCUCGUGCACCCUCCGUCAUUCGAAUAAAGCAAGAGCCUCUGGACUAA